GGUCAACUUCUGAAAUCAACGGAGAAUUGUUAAGUAAUCCCUGUAAUAAUGCUUUGUUUCAGUUUGAUAAGCUAGAAGAGUUUUGUUUGAGUUUCCGAAUCCUAUGGCCUUCGUAACCGUUGUAUUCUCACUGCUAUGCAUGUUAUUUGCAAAAAAAGGUGAGAGCAUCAUAAAGCCAGGGUCUACGCUCUGUGCUACUGAAUUUGGGAAUAAUAGUUCAUGGGUAUCACCUUCUGGCCACUUUGCUUUUGGCUUUUACCCUCAAGGUAAUGGCUUUGCUGUGGGUAUAUGGCUGCUUGGUGGUGAUAGUCCACCCCAAAAAACUGUUGUGUGGACUUCUAACCGUGACAGCCGCCCACUCCCCUCAAAUUCAACGUUGAACAUCACCACCACCGGUCUGCGGCUUUUCCCAAGUGUGAGAGAAAGUCUUGCUCUCAUUUCAACUGUUAAUACAACUUCAGCAUCUAUGCUUGAUUCUGGCAACUUUGUGCUCUAUAGCAAUGACAGCACUAUUGUUUGGCAAAGCUUUGAUCAUCCAACUGACACCUUACUAGGAGGUCAGAAUUUAACUGCAGGCGACCGACUGGUUUCCAGUGUGUCCGAAAAAGACUACUCGAGUGGAGCUUUCUUUAUGGUCAUGCAAUUUGAUGGAAACCUCGUUGCUUAUCCAAAGAACAGCGUAGCAUCUGGCUCUGAUGCUUACUGGGCUUCAAACACUUUUGUGAACCCAGAUCUCGGGCUUGAUGCCACAGGCUCUCUUUGCAUUGGGAUUUCGUGUUUGAACGAAAAUUUUAGCCCUGGAAACAAAUCACACAACACAAGUUCAAUCUACCGAGCAACACUUGUUGCAGACGGGAACUUUAUACUGUAUGAGCACCAAUUUGAGGACAGCAGUGGCUCUACAAAUGUCCGAGUACUGUGGAAUACCUCGAUUGGGAAAUGUCAAAUCAAGGGGUUUUGUGGGUUUAACAGUUAUUGCUCAAACGCAACAGGCGAUGCGGUGUGUGAGUGUUUGCCUGGUUUCGUCCCCUCCAACAGCAGUGGUAACGCGUCUCGGGACUGCAUACUGGCCUAUGCACUAGAUGGUUGCCGAAGCAGUGAAGCCCGAAACCAAAUGAUUUUGUAUAAUAUUACUCAGUUGGAACAUGUGUCUUGGUUAGAAACUCCAUAUUCUGUCGUACCGAUGAAGGAGAAAGAGUGCGAAAAGUCUUUGCUGGAUGAUUGCGAUUGCGUGGCAGUGUUAUAUUCGAAUGGCAACUGCGAAAAAUACGGACUCCCGCUAACAUAUGGCAGAUGGCUUCAGAACAUAUCCGUCGUUGCACUCUUCAAGAAUGCUUCAGGAAUCGUCCAAAAUCCAAUUCCAAGCAACUUCUUUCCGAAGCCUAAAUCCAAGGUGGUUACGGAUAACAAGAACAGGCUGAUAAUGGUUCUGGCCUUUACUUUGGGUUCCAUUUCAUUCUUAUCUUUGAUAUUUUCCGUGUCCAUUUUCUUCACUUACAAGCGGAAGGUGCAUAAAUAUACAACGUUGUCUGCAAGUGAGAACCUGGGAUUUACUGGAGAAUGUUCUCUGCGUUCGUUUUCUUUCGAUGAACUUGUCAAAUCCACUGGAAGCUUCACGGAAGAGAUAGGGAGAGGAUCAUUUGGAGCGGUUUACAGAGGCGAAACAGGUGACGACAGCCAAAGUAUCGCUGUCAAGAGAUUGGAGAGAGUUGCUGCCAGUGACUGGGAGAGGGAAUUCCGGAAUGAGAUUACUUCUAUUUCUCGAACACAUCACAGGAAUUUGGUUAAGCUCAUUGGUUUUUGCAUCGAUGGAGCUAGGAGUCUCCUUGUUUACGAAUACGUAAGAAACGGGUCUCUGGGAAGUCUUCUCUUCAAUGAUGAGAAACAAAUAUCCUGGAGAGACAGACUAAAAAUCGCAUUGGAUGUUGCUAGAGGAAUCCUUUACCUACACGACGAGUGUGAGGUCCGCAUCAUCCAUUGCAAUAUAAAUCCUCGAAAUAUACUAAUGGAUGAAGCGUGGACUGCAAAGAUCUCUGAUUUUGGAUUUGCAAGACUACAGAAGUCUGAGCAUUCAAGAAUGAGAAAAGAGGAUGAUGGGACAAGCAAGUACUUGGCACCUGAAUGGCAGAAGGAAGCACCGGUAUCGGUAAAAUUUGACAUUUACAGUUUUGGGAUGGUGCUUCUGGAGAUCGUGUGCCGAAGACGCAGCAUAGAAAUGAAUGUUUCCUCAGAAGAGGAGAUAGUUCUUUCAAGCUGGGUAUAUAAAUGUUUUGCAGAAGGGCAAUUAAACAGGCUUGUUAAGGAGGAUGAAAGUGUUGAGUGGAAGAUAAUGGAAAGAAUGGUGAAGGUGGGGUUGUGGUGUGUGCAAGACACUCCUUCUGUUCGUCCCUUGAUAAAGAAUGUAAUCUUGAUGUUGGAAGGAUUGAAAGAUAUUCCAAUUCCUCCCUCUCCAGCCCACCCUCUUCAUUAAAUAUUUCUAGGAACAUCUUGUAUUACUGUAUUACUGUAGUUUCAUUUUCAUCUUGAGUUCUUCUU